UCAGUUCAGCCCUCACCAUUGCCCUGCAACUCAGAACAGUCACUAUUGAGACUACCUUGAGAAGAGGAUGGUCCUGAACAGAGCUCUGAUUCUGGGGGCCCUCGCCCUGACCAUCAUGACAAGGCCCUGUGGAAGUGAAGACAUUGUGGCUGACCACAUUGGCAUCUACGGCGCAGACUUCUACCAAUCUCAUGGUCCCUCUGGCCAGUACAUCCAUGAAUUUGAUGGAGAUGAGCUAUUUUAUGUGGACCUGGGGAAGAAGGAGACAGUCUGGAGGCUGCCUAUGUUUGGUGACUUGACAAGUUUUGACCCACAGGGUGCACUGAGUGAAAUAGUUAAAUCGAAACACAACUUGGAUGUCAUGACUAAACGCUCCAACUUCACCCCUGCUAUCAAUGAGGUUCCUGAGGUGACUGUGUUUUCCAAGUCUCCAGUGAUGCUGGGUCAGCCCAACAUCCUCAUCUGUCACGUGGACAACAUCUUUCCCCCUGUGAUCAACAUCACAUGGUUGAGGAAUGGACACUCUGUCACAGAAGGUGUUUCUGAGACCAGCUUCCUCCCCAAAAGUGAUUUUUCCUUCCUCAAGAUUGGUUACCUCACCUUCCUCCCUUCUGAUGAUGAUGUUUACGACUGCAAAGUGGAGCACUGGGGCCUGGAUGAGCCACUGCUCAAACACUGGGAGCCUGAGAUUCCAGCCCCUAUGUCUGAGCUGACAGAGACUGUGGUCUGUGCCCUGGGGUUGACCGUGGGCCUUGUGGGCAUCGUGGUGGGCACUGUCCUCAUCAUCCGAGGUCUGCGCUCAAGUGGGGUCUCCAGACACCAGGGGCCCUUAUGAGUCACACUUCAGUAGGAAGGUGAACUGUCCAUCUACAAGAACAGAAAAAUGGACAUACUAGAUGACCUAGAACUCUUUUCUGGCCAAGUUCAUCAUGUACCUUUUCUCCUUCUGCCCUCCUCUGCUCACCUCCUCUCUGGGAAAUAAGAUGCUGUAUCACCUCAGAGUUCACAUAUACCUUAGACUUCUUGCCCUGACUAUGUGAUAUUCCUUUCUCUUCUCAUUAGUUUUAUACCAUGGAAUUGCUGCAGUAUUCCACCCAAUUACCUAAUCUCUAGUGACCCUGAUCCCAUGUCACCAUGGAAGCAAUAAAUCCUUCUUUUAUUGAAA